CUAGAAUAGUUAUAAAACGAAAAAAUAAUUUCCAUAAUUUUAAAGGAUGGAGACGUUUAUGCUAGAAAAAUUUCGAGCCAAUGAAAAUUAGGGACAAAAAUUAGAAUACUGAAAAAUGUAGUAUAGUCAUAUUGAACUUGCCCAUCCCUUAGCAUUUUUAGGGUGCUGCGCUUAAGGAUAAGCAGCACAAACAUAAAUAUACAAAAGGGGGAAUAAAGGUACAUUAUUUCUUUUAUAAAUAUUAUAGUCUGAAUAAAAUUUUAUUUCUGCGCCAAAUGCGAACUUUGAAUGUAGGAUCAAAGACAUGCCCAUUAUGACAAAGAUCCGCAGAAUAAUUCCCUCUGAUAGGGUUAGAAAAUUAUUUAUUAAAAAGUAAAUAAUUUUUAACCCUUUGAACGGGAAUCAUCCUUAAAAAACAAAUGUCAAUUUCAUAAGGUUUGAAUAAAUUAAUUUAUGGUUAUUAUUAUAUGGCCAUUUGCUUUUCAAAUUAAAAAAAAAAAUAUUUUUAACUCCGUGCAAAUCUUUUUAAUCAGCAUCAACAGUCAAGUGGAUGUAGAAGUGUGCGUGUGUUUUAAUCGGAAUUUCUGGCUCCGUUGAUAAGGUCUUGAAAACUGUUCGUAUCAAAUCAUUUUUCCCAAAAAAUACAAUUGAAAAUAUUUCGCAAUAAGUAGUGUAGGCUGUUGAGUACUUUAUCUAAUUCUCAAGGAACCCAUUUAAAUUAUACUUGUAUGCAAAUAGUUGGCAGAAACGAAAAAGCUUGUGCAAUCUCAAGGAUCCUUUCUAUAAACUAAUUGGGCUACAGGGAAUAAGUCGGUUUAAUGAAACCCCCAAACCAAACCCCAAAAGUCGAGAUUGUUUUUUAGGUCUUAGAAAUAGUUUCAAUGCAGGCUUUAUAAGCUGCACACAAAUUGUUUUGAGCCUCAGUCGAGUUUAUCGUCCCAGUUAGAUUUUUUGUAGAACAAAAUGGGUCUGCUCUCAAAAUUGUUGGGUAUAAUUCUUAUUCUAACUGUCGUAAAGAAAUCGAGUGCAGACAUUUCGUGCCACCUCUCCGAAACCAUCGAUAUUAAAUAUUUAAAAAGGGUUAACGGCAGCUACAUAUUUGAUGGCCGUGAAAUUCCUGCACACCUCAUAGGAAAAUACAAUUAUACGGUGCAGGAAAAUGGAUCCCCGAAUUUGGUGGUUAACAAUUUAAGGGCAUGCGUCUGCAAGGAGAGACCCUGUGUCCCGAUUUGCUGUCCCCGCAAGAAUAUGUUGCCCAAUGGAACCUGUAAUGAUAACCUGAAGGAGGAGAUCGUGCGAGGUAACCGCUUUUUGAAUUUGAAUAGCUGCAAAGGAAAUGGGCAGUACAAUCUUCUCAACUUAACCGUGAUAAGGGAUAUGUUUCUGCCCUGCGAUAAAAUGUUCAAUAUCGGGGAAGAUGAAUUUACAAUUCAUACGAACGGAACCUUAAUUAUCGACUUUAUUAAAGGUGCUUUUUCCAAGGAAGAUUAUUGCUUGUAUCCGCAGUUUCAUUCGGAAAUUCAAAAUCAAUCCAUAUCGGUUGCAAUCCACAUUUGCCCACGGGGAAUUCCAGAAGGCUUCCUUAAAAUCAUGAUGAUGUCAUUGGUAUGUUUUAUCCUCACAAUCGCAGUCUAUCUGUACGUUAGGAAGCUCCGGAAUUUAUUCGGCAAGUGCCUAGUCAGCUGCCUAUUUAGCAUGUUCAUGGAGCACCUUAUCUGGAUACUGGAUCAAUUCGAUUUACUAUACUACACUUGCGCUCCAGCAGGUUAUAGUAAGUACUUCUUCGAGAUGGCAUCCCAUCUUUGGUUUUCUAUCGUCAGCUUUUGUUUGUGGAAUGUUAUCACUUCGAUCAAUUAUUAUGAACCUCGUUAUCAGUUCGAGAAAUAUAGCGCAUUUGUCUGGAUCACCGCUGCUAUUUCGACAGGAGUCAUUUAUGUGAUGAAUGGAAUUUGGGAAAAGGAUCUUCAAAAAUGGAAUUGGAUGCCUCUAGUGGGAUUUUCUGACUGCGCUGUAAAAGUCUGGGAUUCAUCUUCCUGGAUCUACUACCAAGGACCGAUUAUGAUCCUAGGCAUCUUCAAUUUGAUCAUGUUUGUCUUGACAGCGAUUUACAUUUUAAAAGUCAAGAGGGAAAUCAAUAGGUUCAUCCAAACGGAAAUUUCGACAAUCUUUCAGAGCUACAUACAGUUUUUGCGGCUCUUUGCUAUCAUGGGCGUGUCCUUGAUCCUGCUUCAAAUUAUGCAUUUGGCACAAAAACAUGAAAUUAUUCAGACGGAUAUAUUUAUAAAAGCUAUAUUGUACUUUCAUUCCGCCUUUGGUAUAAUUAUAUUUGUACUAUUUAUCCUUAAGCGCAGCACUUUAAGGAUGCUCAGGGAUAGGUAUCGGGGAAGAAAGAAGAAAAAAGAAUUGUCAAAGGGCCGCAAGUAAGCAGCAUAACUGACGAAAUUGCAAGCCAAUUUUUUUGGCAGAGACGUCUCCGUCCUUAUAUAGUUAUAUAUAGUCACAAAAGUUAUUUCUUAGU